GUUUCAGAAGAAAAUUGUUAUUUAAAGGUCGGUGCAGAUGCUCUAUAGUUCGUCAUCUUCAAUGAGUUUAGAGCAUAUAUGUAGUUUUGAAUUUCGCGGUGCGGUAUAUGCAGUAUAAUGUAGGUAAGCCAACUCAUUUUUUUAUUAUCCUGCACAAGAGGGUAGUUUAAAAUUCCGCAACGUCGCGGUCGGGCGCGGGGCCUGCGGGGCCUUGUGCGGGGAGAGCAGUGAGUCGCCAGUUGAAUGUCAGCAGCGGGUGACAACGAAAGUUGGACGGAAAAAUUUACACAUCGGUCGUUUCGGUUUCAUGGCGUACAGGGUCGCUAAGUUUACGGUUCCGCGUUCGGUUCGACGAAGACACUUAUACAAUGUGCUUACGGAAAAUAGUGCAUCAGUUGUAUCAGUAGGGCAGCAUCGCUGGCGCCUUUCGACUAUUUAACAGUGACUUGACUCGAUUGACACCGACAAAGUGACCAGGCGACUACAGGCGGUGAACGGGGCAUCAUGUUGGACAUUUAACUGUAGUGAUCAUUCGAAAAAAUGAAUUUAACUACUUUUUACUUAUUUUUAUGCAUAAUUUUCGCAGGCAGAGGAGAUGAAAGGUGGAAAAAACGAACAAGAGAAAAGUCAUAUAUUGUGAGAGUAUUAGAUGAAUCCACAGAAAUAGAACGAGAUAUGUGGCCAUAUAAGGACUUUGAUGUAGACACAGAAAAUGAAUUCUACAGCAGUAUGCACAGUAAAUUACCAAAACAUAAGAAGCAUCUUAAAAGAAUACAGAGCACGAAAUUAGAAGAUAACAAGAAGAAACCUAUUUUAGAUAAUAGUUUAUAUAAUGUAUACAUAAGUUAUAAUCGCUUAAAUAACAUAUCAAAAGAUGUGUCAAUAAACUUAAAUAAUUUAAGAAAUGUUAAAAAUAGUAAGGUACAUGAUAAAAUUAUACCCAAAUGGCCUAAAUUUCAAGAUCUUUUGCUAUCAAUUGGUGUAGAGUAUGAUUUUAAAAGUGACAGAUGGAUAAAAGUAAAAGGAAAACUUCAAAAAAUAACCAACGAAGUUGUUAAACACGUUAGUACUGAACCUAAUCAUCAGAAACAUGAAUUUAAAUAUCGAACUAUUAGAAUUAAUGGUAGUAAAAAAAGAAAAAAUAUCAUAAUAGCUCUUACAGCGAUAAGAUAGAAUAGAAUAAUGAUCGCUAAAUCAAAUAACCGUAGGUUUACACUAC